CUUCCCCGCCGGGGCUGAGGAAGCGGAGGGAGCCGUGGAGUUGCUCUGCAUAUUAAUGAGCCGGGAGCAAGGGCAGCGGGAGCUGUUUUAAAAGAGGACAAGGGGGGGAAAGCGGCAGAGCGCAGGCAGGAACAGGCAGAGCGCAGGCAGGAGCGACAGGGCAGCAGCAUCGCCAGAACCCGCUCUCUUCUGUCCUCUCCCCGGCCACAUCCAGCCCUAGGGACAGGGGAAAUCCGGGGGGGAACGAAGCCGAAGCAAAAAAAAAAAAAAAAAAAAAAAAAAAAAAGUUAAAAUCCCCAGCGUCGCUUUAGGUACCUGCUGUCCCAGCAUGAAGCUCCUGACAGCAGCUUUGCUCCUGCUGUUCAUCGCGAUGUGCUUAGCCAGCGCAGAAGGCGUAAAGUGCAAAUGUUCAAGAAAAGGUCCUAAAAUAAGAUUCUCUAACGUCCGGAAGCUGGAAAUAAAACCAAGGUACCCGUUUUGCGUGGAAGAGAUGAUUAUUGUGACUCUGUGGACGCGGGUGAGAGGGGAGCAGCAGCACUGCUUAAACCCCAAGCGCCAGAACACAGUGAGGCUGCUGAAGUGGUACCGAGUAUGGAAAGAGAAAGGCAGGGUUUAUGAAGAAUAAGAGGAGGCAGCAUGAGGAAUGAGGUGGACUCCCUUGGCUGGCAUAGGACUGGGCUUUGCAGAAGAUUAUUUCUUUCUCACAGACAUAAGACACAAAUUCUAUAUUAUUAUAAAGCACUUUUUACCAAGGGUCAGUUUUUACAUUUUAUAGCCGCGUGCAAAAGGCUUCCAGAUUUCAAAAGCACCUGUUGCACUUCAGAUUUCACACCCAUCUGCUCUGUACUGAGAUUGGGAAAACUCACACUUUUCAUUUUAAAGAGGUUGGGUUUGUUUGUGGUUUGUUUUUUUUUUUUAUUGUUAUUCAUUCAUA